UUGCUGGGUAGGUGCGCUGGUUUCUACGUUCGCGUGCCCACGGGCCUUGGGGUUCCAGUUACCCACGCGGGAAGCUACUACCCGGGUUGAGGCGCGGUGCGAGGCCGCCCCAGCCUGACUAGGCCGCGCACUCCAGCGAGCGCGCGGGCCGGACCACGGCGUUAGCGUCUCGUCGCCAGUUCUCGGGGCCCCGGGCCGCCUGACCGCCAUGAGUUACGGCCGACCGCCACCCGACGUGGAGGGCAUGACCUCCCUCAAGGUGGACAACCUGACCUACCGCACCUCGCCCGACACCCUGAGGCGCGUCUUCGAGAAGUACGGGCGCGUCGGCGACGUGUACAUCCCGCGGGACCGCUACACCAAGGAGUCCCGCGGCUUCGCCUUCGUCCGCUUCCACGACAAGCGCGACGCCGAGGACGCCAUGGACGCCAUGGACGGGGCGGUACUGGACGGCCGCGAACUGCGCGUGCAGAUGGCGCGCUACGGCCGGCCUCCCGACUCGCACCACAGCCGGCGCGGCCCGCCGCCGCGCAGGUACGGCGGAGGAGGCUACGGGCGUCGGAGCCGCAGUCCCCGGCGCCGGCGCCGCAGCCGUUCCCGGUCCCGAAGCCGCUCCCGCUCCCGCAGCCGAUCCCGCUACAGCCGCUCCAAGUCGCGGUCCCGCACCCGCUCGCGCUCGCGCUCCACCUCCAAGUCCCGAUCGGCGCGCAGGUCCAAGUCCAAGUCCUCGUCGGUGUCCCGGUCCCGCUCGCGUUCCCGGUCCAGGUCGAGGUCCCGGAGUCCGCCCCCCGUGUCGAAGAGGGAGUCCAAGUCCAGGUCGCGCUCCAAGAGCCCCCCGAAGUCUCCGGAAGAGGAAGGAGCCGUGUCGUCCUAAGAGCAUGCUGCGGUCUCCUGUUUGCUAAAAGAAUAUUGGCCAGUAUUGCAGAUUUUAACUGAUUUGGCUGAUCCUCCAGGGACCAGUUUCUGUGGGCGUGUAUUGGAGCAGGUUUGUCUUUAAACGUUAAAGAUGCACUAUCCUCGUAGAGGAGCGAUCGGUGCAACUAUUGUUGUGCUGGCCGGGCUUCUUGCACUAGUGGAUGUGGCAAACGAAUUGCAGUUAAGCAGCAAUGGACUUUGGAACCCCAAAAGAAAGUUCACACAGGUAUUACGCUGGGUGGGGAAAGGAUAGUGUGUCUUUAACUCAAAUUGUUUGGUGCUAUUUUUUUUUUCAAAGGAAAGGGCCCUGAGUAGCUGAAAAAAACGUUCUCAACUGCCAGGUGUCUCUUUUGAAAGCAUCUUAAAGCAUAGACUAGUUUUCUGAUAGCGAGUUUUUGUUUGAAACAGCCCCGCCCCUUCCCCUCCCCGUUUUUUGUUUUUUUUUUCUUUUUGUUUUUUCUUUUUCCUCCCUUGUCUUUUUUUGCCUUGGUUAUUUGGCCAAGAAUUCAAAUUCAAACUUGUAAGUGCUGAUCGAUGGUAGUAGCCUCUGGAAACUUCCCAGUUGGGCCUUUAAAAAAUGACAACGGCUGGGUGGAACCUUUCUGUAACCUACUUGUUUCACCAGAGCCUUAGUAAGUACAUGCCUGAAUCUGAAACCAUGUGCCCUUUGGUAACUUAAUGUGAUGGAAGGUAAACUGAGCCCUUCUCUUUUCCAACCUAGAUGGAUCGACAAGCAGCAUAACAGAGGACUUUGGGGAAAAAGGACCACAUGCUCAGUCCAUCAGUCCAUGGAAGAGUCCUUGGAACAAGCAACUGGCUAUUGAAAAGGUUAUUUUGUAACAUUUGUCUAACUUUUUACAUGUUUAAUCUGCCUCAGGUGGCAAACUUCAUUUUAUGUGCCAUUUUGUUGCUGUUAUUCAAAUUUCUUGUAAUUUAGUGAGGUGAGCGACUUCAGAUUUCAUUAUUGGAUUGGAUAUUUGAGGUAAAAUUUCAUUUUUGUUUACAUAGUGCUGACUUUUUUUGUUUGAAAUUAAACAGAUUGUUAACCUAAUUUGUGGCCUCCUGACUUAAUAAGGAAACAUGCAGCCAUUACACAGCCUAAAGCUGUCCACAGAUUGACUCAACAUUGCCUUCAUUCCUUAAAAUUAAAAACCUACAAAAGUUGGUGUAAAUUUGUUUAUAUGUUAUUUACCUUCAGAUCUAAAUGGUAAUCUGAACCCAAAUUUGUAUAAAGACUUUUCAGGUGAAAAGACUUUUUUUUUUUUUUUUUUUAAAGGAUUGUUUACCAAACACAAUUCUAAUCUCUUCUCUUAUGUAUUUUUGUGCACUAGGCGCAGUUGUGUAGCAGUUGAGUAAUGCUGGUUAGCUGUUAAGGUGGCGUGUUGCAGUGCAGAGUGCUUGGCUGUUUCCUGUUUUCUCCUGAUUGCUCCUGUGUAAAGAUGCCUUGUCGUGCAGAAACAAAUGGCUGUCCAGUUUAUUAACAUGCCUGACAACUGCACUUCCAGUCACCCGGGCCUUGCAUAUAAAUAACGGAGCAUACAGUGAGCACAUCUAGCUGAUGAUAAAUACAUUUUCCCCCCUUUACCACCCAAAAAUGGUAAAUCUGGUCAUCCUCAUGUAUGAACUUAAAAUAUGGAAAAUGUUAAGGAAGCAAAUGGUUUGUAACUUUGUAAGUACUUAAAAACAUGGUGUAUCUUUUUGCUUAUGAAUAUUCUGUACUAUAACCAUUGUUUCUGUAGUUUAAUUAAAAUGUUUUCUUGGUGUUA